GUCACCGCCCGUUGCCCAGCUGCGCUGCUGGUGCCUCGGUACCGCGUUCUCGAGCAGCUCUCGGAAGGAAUCCUCGGGAAUACGCUCUGUUCAGACCUUCUGUACGCGUUUCCCUUCGUGGGGGGCAACAACACGUGAGGAGCUUUUCUUAGCGGUCUCGUUAGGUUGAUUUCUAUCGCGGCGUAGCGCCUUGGUGGAUUUGAUUUCUGCCGCUGGCUCUUUAAGGGGGCUCGUAACUUAAAGAAGCAGACGGUGUGAGAAAAUGUCCCGUAAAAGCGCCAAGGAAGGCCGGAAGGUGAACAUCUCCAGCUCCCUGGAGUCGGAGGACAUCAGCUUGGAAACCACCGUCCCCACCGACGAGCUGUCCUCCUCUGAGGAGCGGGAGGGCGCCACGCGGGUCACCAGGCAGCUGAUCGAGCGCAAGGAGCUGCUGCACAACCUGCAGCUGCUGAAGAUUGAGCUGUCGCAGAAAAACCUCAUGAUCGACAACCUGAAAGUGGAGUACCUGACCAAGAUUGAAGAGCUAGAAGAGAAGCUGAAUGAUGCAAUCCAUCAAAAGCAGCUGUUGUCUUUACGACUGGAUAGCCAGCUAACAUUGCAGCAAGAAGAUGCAAGAAAACAUCAGGCACUCAUGAAACAAGAAAUGGAAACUAUUUUAUUGAGACAAAAGCAACUGGAGGAAACAAAUCAUCAGUUGAGGGAGAGGGCUGGAGAUAUCCGUCGUAGUUUGCGUGAUUUGGAAUUAACAGAGGAUGGCUAUGAGAAGCUGAAAUCUCUGUCUGAAGAUCAACUUUCCAUCCCAGAAUAUGUUUCAAUUCGAUUCUAUGAAGUGGUCCAUCCCUUAAGAAAGGAGCUGGGUGAUCUACAGAUGAAAAAGGAGACAUUAACAGAAGAAGUAAGCGAAUACAGAUCCCAGCUGAAGUCUCUUACAGAGAGCUAUGAAAAUGAGAGGCGAAGUCGGUCAGAACUUGAGGUUAAAUGUCAGCGCUUAAUACUGGAACUGGCUGAUACCAAGCAGAUGAUUCAACAAGGUGAUUACAGACAAGAGAACUAUGAUAAAGUAAAAUGUGAACGAGAUGUAUUUGAACAUGAAUUGUCAGAACUCAGAAGAAAAUAUGAAAUACUGGAGAUGUCACAUAAAGCACAGACUAAAGAAAGAAAUGAUUUAUCAAAGGAGCUGGCAACUAUACAACAAUCCCUCAACCUCUUGCAAAAAGAUAAAGAUUAUCUUAAUCGCCAGAACAUGGAGCUUAGUGUUCGCUGUGCACAUGAAGAAGAUCGUCUUGAAAGGCUUCAGAUUCAGUUGGAGGAUGCCAAGAAAGCUAGAGAAGAAAUGUAUGAAAAAUAUGUUGCAUCCAGGGACCACUAUAAAACAGAAUUUGAAAAGAGAUUGCAUGAGGAAUUGGAACAAAUAAGAUUGAAAACAAAUCAAGAAAUUGAGCAGCUUCGAAGUGCUUCGAAAGAGAUGUAUGAACGUGAAAACAGAAAUUUGAGAGAAGCAAGAGAUAAUGCUGUUGCUGAAAAAGAGAGAGCAGUUACUGCUGAAAGAGAUGCUUUAAGAAAGUAUGACCAACUCUUAGAACAGUAUAGGCAAAUGCAGCUUGGCACAGAAAGCAAAGUAGCUGAACUUCUUCACCAAAGUAAGUUAAAGUCCUUUGAAAGUGAACAUAUUCAACUCAUGCAACAAGAAACAGCUAAGAAUCUUUCACAGUGCCAAAUAGAAUGUGAGAAAUAUCAGAGAAAGCUGGAGGUGCUUACCAAGGAAUUUUAUAGUCUUCAGUCUUCUAGUGAAACACGCAUUAUUGAACUUCAAACACAGAAUUCUGAGUUUCAGGCAAGACUAGAUACUUAUGAAAAACUUGAAAAAGACCUUGAUGAGAUAAUAAUGCAGACAGCAGAAAUGGAAAAUGAAGUUGAAGCUGAAAGGGUUCUCUUCUCAUAUGGGUAUGGUGCUAAUGUUCCUACAACAGCCAAAAGACGACUAAAGCAAAGUGUUCACUUGGCAAGGAGGUUACUGCAGCUAGAAAAGCAAAACUCGUUGCUUGUAAAAGAUCUGGAACAUCAGAAGGAACAAGUAACGCAGAUUUCACAAGAGCUUGACAGAGCAAAUUCUUUGUUGAGUCAAGUACAACAGCCCUACAAGUACCUCAUUGGUACUGUGCAACAGAGAGAUUCUCAAAUAAGUGUACAGAAGGAGCAUAUUGCAGAACUUGAAAAAGAUGUCAGUCUUUUAAAUAAAGAAAAGACAGCUUUGCUGCGUGUCAAGAAUCAAAUGGCAGCAGAUUUGGAGAGACUUCUAAAUCAUCGUGAGGAACUAGCCGUAAUGAAACAGAUUCUAAUUAAACUACAGGAUAAACACAAGGAACAGAAUUUACCUCCAUCUCAAAUUAAUUUAAAAACUUUGACUGCAGAAAACAAAUUAAGCCCUUCAGUAAAACUGCUGCCAGAACAUGAAGAAGAAAAUAUAUUUAGGCCCAAGCCAACAUUAUUUAAUGUUCUGUACUAUCCUGAAUGUGCAGUAGCCCAGAGGAUUAUGAAGACAAGAAGUUGCUCACAAAUAAUUCUCUACAAAUAACAUUAUUUCUGCACCAUCAGAAAACUGCUAAAUUCUUUUAUUAUUUUUUUUUUAUUAUAAUGUUUGAUAGCUCUUAUUUUGUACAACGUGUUGGUCUAUGGAACAAACAAAAUCUCCUUCAUGAGUUCUAUCCCCUUCUCUAAAGGGAAUGUGGGAUAAUGAUAUUUAGAAUAAAACAUAUUUGUGGUACCCUUGACUCAUGUUUGAUAUUUUAAAACAAAUCAUUUACCUUAUCUGCUUUUUGUAACUUAGAAGUUGGCUGGUUUAAAUACAGAUACGUAGUAGUAACAACCUUGAAUACAUAGUCUUAAUUUACUUUCUUUAAGCAGAAAAAAAAAAAAAAUGAUUUAACACUAUGAACUACAUAGGAAGGAAAGAAAAUUCAGCAUAGGUUGCAUGUUUGUAUCCUGACUUUCACUCUUUCUCAUAGCUAAUACAUUCUUUAUUUUACAGACAAAUAUACAGGCACCUGUAUGGUACAAGAAACUGCAGAAGAAAACAUCCCCAUAGCAUUUUUCAAUAAGUACUUCAGAAAAUCCUGUAGGGAGAUUUUCUUUGAAGAAAGACAUUGUCACCAUAAUAAUGCCUCUUUUCCCAUAGAGGCAAUCAACUCUUUUUGUUUACAAUUGUUGCUUUAUACCUGUGAACUGAUCUUAUGUUGUAUAAAAUAAUUUUUAGAUCUAUGGUGGGAAUAAAAUGUGUGGAAAUAAUGCUUGCAAUGAACUUAGUAACAUAUAUUUGAAUUAUUAAUAAAUAAAUAAAUAAAUAAACACCAUCAUAUAUAUUUAUAA